AUGACGCUUCUGGAUACCACUCUCAACGGCGAGACCAAGCAUAUCCGGCCUGUCGAGGGUCAUUUCGUCAAGGCCCAUGUCAUUUUAUUUACGAACUGUAUGCGGCCAAAUAAAGAGAUUGCGCUCACCGUGACCAGCCUUCUUGACGGCCUGGAUACGCACAUUGCCGAGUCUGCGCAGGCCUGGACCGAGGCUGUCGUUUCUAUGGCUAUUGUGAACCGCUGCGCGCCGCUCACCUACGGCGGCGAUGACUAUGUUCUGAUGAAGUGCCGCCGUGCUAUGAACCGUAUUACCAAAAACAUCGACGGUAGUGGCAUCCUUGGCGUGGACAAGCCGUCCUCUACUACUUUUGCCCGGUUUUCUAAAGACGAACUGACAAGCAAUGAUCCCAACAUCCUCAGCGUCUGCGCCCGCCCAAACGACGGAGGGAAAGAAGAAGAGAAAAAGAGGAUCCAAGGGAGCCAAUUCAAGCAGCACCAGAAACAGCAGGCCGCGGUGGCCGCCGAUAACAACAGUCCCUUUAUGCCUGCCGAGCCAUUUAAUGUGGACAUGCCGCUACCGCGAUCAACGCAGCGGCGACGAAAGCUACCGGAAAAUUGGUUGCUGUGGGGGCUUCUAUGGGCGGAGUACUACUAUCCGCAAGAAUGUUUUGCCGAGAUGGACUCUACCGAACACGCCGAGAAGCUGAUAGAGAGCGGUAAGACGGGGCCGGUACGUGAGAGGCUGACACGCGAGGACCGUAUUUUGCGGAUAGCGCGCCGUCUGGCUGAAUACAACACCUGGAUCUUGUACGAUGCUAAAGCACACAAGUUUUCUGUCAACGCGUCGUUUCGCAGUGUAGCCUAUUUCGGUGCCGAGUUUUUCUCUACUCGCUAA